CUGAAACAUGUUCUACAUUUCCAAAGAACACAUCAUCAGAAGCAACACUAACCACAUCUCUUCCCUACGGCCUACGUGCCAUGUCUUACACCAUGCUCUGAUCUGAUCAUCUCAAGUCUCAGCUGCCUCGCAAAGCAAAAAAUAUCUUAUCCAACGAAACCCCCUAAAAGGAAAGAGUUCAUUUCAUUUUGGCCCUUGGAGUUUGCUAACCUUUUCAUUUCACCCCUUUAACUUUUACAAAAUCAUACCCUUAUAGUUUUUUUUUUGUAUAUUCUUAAGGCAGAAAUAAGAUAAUAAAGUCAAUACAAGAGAAUUCCUAAUUAAAUUACAAAAUUGAUUAUGAUUUAUACUAAAGACUUCUUUUUGGUGAUUUUAGAAUUAUGAGAGAUAUUUUAGUAAAAGAGGAGAUAGAUUAUAGGGUGAAAGCAACAUUGUUAGAGGUUUGCAAAGGCUAGAAAGCAAAAUGUAUUUUAUAAAAUUUGAGGGGUGAAAUAAAAUAAAUAGGCAAAGCCAAUUGUUUCUCAAAUGAAAUGAACAGAAACAAUAGCUGACAAUGGUUGUCAACAAAAAUCUAUUAGGCGACUGAAAGAAAUCAUUUUAAUACUCGUCUCAAACAAACCACUUUUCCACAUUUACCCCUUCCAAAAUCUUCAUCCAAAUCCACCUGGUCCGCUAUAGAAAAAGGAUGGACUCAAAGUCAGAAAAUCCAUUCCCCAUAGUACAAUAGGGAUAAAUCUUAUUUCGUGAUUUAUUUUUCUUUAUAUAAUUUGAGAACGGAUUGUGAAGUGGAUCUACAAUGAAUAUAAUCGUCUUUGUUACUACAAUAGGGAUAAAUUUGAAUUUGAUCUAACAAUGUUAACUACGCGUUGGUUCACUGUGAUAGAUCUAAUCACAUAGCCGGAUACUUUAAAUAUCAUAAAAGUGCUAAAAGAAUUGAUAGACAUAUCAAUCUUGAACAAUGAUCUUUUAUGUGUUAGUCACUAUUCCAAAGAUUAAUAAUUGUCUAUGUUUUACUUUCUCCCGAUUAACCUUGAGAUAAAUUAAUGGGGAUGUUGAAAACGAACGUAUUUAUCUUUUACCAUCAUAUAUAGGUGUGUAUAAGUACAAGUUAUUGUGAAUAGACAGAACCAAUGUCACACAUAUAUGUGACCGGUGUAUAUGUGACCGAUAAGGGUUAGCCACGAGAGAUUGACAGUGUGUGAGGGUAAAUUCGUCCUUUAAUCUUCCCCUCUCUAAAAUUGUAAACCAGGGAAGGUAGAUUUUCUCCUAUCUCCUAUCUCCUUUCACCUAUUCUCCUUUCUAGUAAACAUGGCCUUAAGGGUAUUUUGGUAACUGACUCUCUUUGACGAACCUACGGGUUGAAGAUAAAUGGAACGAAAGCGAAAACCGCAAGUGUGUCCUGUUAUCCUUUUCGCUUCGGUCUCGUCUUCUCUGCCGCUUCCUCCUCGUACUCUGCUUGCUCCGUCUCCGUCUCCGUCUCCGGAAGAAGGCUGUUCUCUACGUGAUUUCCACAGGAUAUGGGCUCCGAGUUCGUGUCUGAAGGCGCCGUUGCCAUCGCCAAGAAAAAGAAGACCCACCGGUCGGCGAAAUUGAAGCAGUGCAAACUCGACGCUCGGCGCGAGCAGUGGCUCUCUCAAGGUCUCUGUUCCCGAUCUGCAGUGAAGAACAAGGAUUGCUUGGUGUCUGCAAGUAGAUCUCCUGCGUCGUCGUCGCCCCCUCAUCCGGCGCUGUCUAAGAAGAUGAAUAUCGGACUGAAGGAAGAGGAGGAGGAAAUUCGGGUUUCGACGGAGCGUGAUGGAUCCAGUUCACACGACAGCGAGGGAGGCUCUCCGACUCAUGGGGGCAAUGCAAAUGGAUGCCCUGCUAAUAGUGUUAGUAGCGGUAGCAGUUUUGCAUCGUCAUCGAGAAGCCUCAGCGACGCCGAAGUGGAAGCAGAUGACCACGAGGAGAGAGGAGAUGAGGGAAUUGACGAUUGGGAGACCUUAGCGGAUGAGUUAGCAGAUGACCACAGUCAGCCUGAUCAGAACCCUAUAGCCACUCUGCCUGAUUCUACUGCAGAAUUGGGUCGCACUAACAAGGGUAACCAGGAGAGUUUGGAAAAACCUGAGGCUAAGCAGGCAGUCAAUAGGGCUUGGAGGCCAGAUGACACUCUCCGACCCCAGAGUCUGCCCAACCUCUCAAAGCAGCGGAGUUUCCCUGUUAGCAUGGCACAUCGCUUCGCAGCAUCUGGGUGGGCACAGCGUGACAUCCUCUCUACUCCGUGCCCCAUCUGCUGUGAGGAUCUGGAUCUAACGGACUCAAGCUUCUUACCCUGCAAUUGUGGCUUCCGCCUCUGCCUGUUCUGCCACAAGCGAAUUCUUGAGGCAGAUGGGCGCUGCCCGGGAUGCAGGAAGCAUUAUGCUCCUGUGGCAGGUGGCGAGGUUGGCAUUAUGAGUGAAAUACCAACCUUGGCUCUUCGCCUCUCUCGAUCUUGUAGCAUGAGUUCAAGAACCUAGGAAGAGUGAUCUACUUGCUAUCUUCUUUCAUUUUUCAUCCAGUGACUGUUUCUUAACUGAGGAUAACUGUGUCUUUUGCAUUUCAUUAAUAUAGAGCUUAUAUUAUUUUGUCACAAGAAAAACAUUGUGUGUAUAUGUGUAGGUAUCAAGUGUAUAAGAACUGUUUUUGGUAAUUUAAUUUUGGGGGAAUGUGUUCUUCAUA